AUGGCGUUGGCGUCAGAUCUGGAGCGCGUACUAUCGCAUAUACUGCCGAUGCCUGCGAUGAUGGCGCAGGGGCGACGACUAGGCAUGCCAAACCACAUGGAGAUGAUUCGAGACCGCCUGUGGGGUAUCAAUGGCACGAUCAAGGACGCCGAGCAUCGAGCGUUGAAGGAGCCGGAGUCGGAGGAGUGGGUGACCGACGUCGGUGCAGCCAUUGUGGACAUCGACGAUCUGCUCGGUAGGAUCCUUGACUGGCACCCAAGAGGAGGAGCGGCAGCAGCAUCGAAUCGCUCGUCACACUCCAUCUGCAGCAUCCGAGAGGCCUCUCGCCAAGCCAUUCUAUUGGAGCUCAAGGAGAUGGUAGGCAGGCUGAACUAUCUGGUGAGGAGGGGGUCUGUGUUGGGCCUCUCGAAGGAGAUAAUGGAGUCUGUGGAUCCACGACAGGAAGAAGAGUACUCCACCGUCCUAAGAGAAGAGGUGGUGGGACGCAACGAGCAUGUAGAAGAAAUCAUCGACAGUUUGAAGCAACCACAGUCUGGCGAUUGUGAUGAAUUGCAGAUCAUAAAUGACCUUGGUGGGAAGACGACCCUUGCACGGCUGAUUUACCACCACCCUUGGGUGCAGGAGCAAUUCCAGCAUCGAAUCUGGGUGGAUGUCCCAAACAUUGCUUCUCUGGAUCCCAUGUGGAUCAUGAGAGAAUUCACGAGUUCAAUAACCGGGGAGCCAUGCGAGGACAUCUGGCUAUUCUUCGACGGAAUUCAUGGAAGCAAAUACUUGCUCGUUCUGGAUGAUCUCAACAUCGGGGAGGAGGACAGGGAUAAGUGGCUCCAAUUGGAGAACUUUCUAUUGCUCGUCGGCGCACCGGGGAGUACCGUGGUGGUCAUUCCUGACUUGUUUUUUAUUCAGGAUGUAUUGGGGUCCGCUGUCCGAACGUGGCAUUUCAGCGGCCUACCGGAGGAUGAUUGGGUACAAUUGUGCUUGAGACAAGCACUCAUCCGGCCCGAUCAACGGGAGGAAGCAAAAGCGAUAAUUCACUCCUGUAAGAGAAACACACAAGAUUGGUCUCCCACGGACGCCAAGAUUUUUGGCUCCGUACUCAGAUACACUGAAAUGAGUCGAUGGCAACAACAACUUGAUGCUGUAAAUAUGCGUCAGUGGGAGAAAGUGAGGCACAACAAGGAUAUGGCUUUAAUUUUUCUUCAUUACAUGACACCAACGAUGACACGAUUGGUAUUGUACCGCUGGUUGAUCGUACAAGAUGGCAAGACCAAUUACGAGGACUUCUUGCACGUCUUAGCUGCCGAAGGCUUUCUGCCGUAUUCAGACGUCGAAGGCACCAUAACGGAAAAGCUGGAGUUCCACAUGCUACCUAUUUCGAUCACCGGCCUUAUAAAUCUGCAAGAGUUAGACCUGGAAGGUUGUCAAUGGCUUCUCGAAUUACCUGAGGGUUUGAAUAACAUGAAAAAACUGGCAAAUCUUAAUGUAUAUAGAUGUCCAUUGAAUCAAAUGCCAUAUGGAAUAAGUCAGAUGAGUAACCUUCUGAAGUUGUCUGGACAUAUCGUAGUUGGUGAUCUUGGAAAUGCCUUAUCAAAGUUGGAAUCGUUGAGGAAUCUAAAAGAAUUAUGGUUACAAAACCUCCAACAAGUGUCAAAUUCAGAAGAUGGGUUGACUCCUUUAAAGUUGCAUGAUAUACUUCCGCAACUCAUGUAUCUAAAGCUACAUUGGAAAUGGGUAAAUAUGGAAGAUAUGAGAACAUCAGAAUUAGUUUCGCUACAGAUACUUGAAGGCCUUCAACCCAAUUCAAACUUGAAAAAAUUAGAGAUUAUUUUAUAUCUCGGUGAAGAAUUCCCUGUAUGGAUAAAAGAGGGGUUUAACCAUCUCCACAAGUUGAAAGAGAUCAAACUAAUCAAUCUCAAGAGAUGUAAAAAGCUACCAUCACUCGGAGGGCUACUCGAUCUCGAGAUUGUUGAGCUAAGUGGUAUGGAUUUAAUCAAUGUUGUGGAUGAAGCCUUUUAUGGUGACGAUGGGACAUUUCCUGAGUUGAAAAGACUCACAUUGUCUCAUAUGCUUGCACUAGAAAAAUGGCUAAAGGUGGAGAGAAAAAAAGAAUUUUUGUUCCCGAAACUUCGUCGAUUGACACUGAUCCAAUGUCCAAAAUUCAAAGCUUUAGAGGUGGAUCUUGAGGUCUCAACAUUGAGUAUUUGGUUGAACAAUAAAAUGCUGCAGACAUCUGAAUUCGAGGGUUGGCAGAACCUCCCAAUAAAGAACUUGGAGAUAGUUGGAUGCCAGGAGAUGAGGUGUUUGCCACAGGACAUGGAACGAUGUGUUAAACUCAGAAGCUUGACGAUCAACGGAUGCGACAAUUUGGACUGUUUGCCGGAGUGGCUACAAGGAUUCAAGCAUCUGAAAUCUUUAUGUUUAUAUGACUGCGGUGCUCUGUCAUCCAUACCUGAGAAGCUUAAACGACUAAGAAAAGUUGUUAUUAAAGUUUGUCCAAAGCUGCGACUUUAA